AAUAGCUCGAAUGUCAACGUUCCGAGUAAACCAACACUUGUCGAACAUGCCACGACAACUUCAGGCAUUAGUGAAUCUGAAUUAGAAAAUGAAUUGGAGAAUGCUACUGGAAAAUCUGAAUCUGAAUUGAAUAGCUCGAAUGUCAACGCCUCCAGUAAACCAACACUUGUCGAACACGUCACGACAACUUCAGGCAUUAGUGAAUCUGAAUUAGAAAAUGAAUUGGAGAAUACUACUGAAAAAUCUGAAUCUGAAUUGCAUAUAAUCUGUCUCAAACUAGCAUACAAACCUCGGGAAUUCGAACCGCCGUCGCUAAAAUUAUGCUUCGCGCAUUCUCUUCUGUCUAUAAACACUGAUGAUACUCAUAAACGUGAAUCUGUGUCUAAAAAUCAAGCCGCUUUAAUGUGA